AUGCAGCAGCCCUCGCCCGCGAGCACGGCCAGCACUGGCAGCAGCAGCCCACCGAACCUUGCGCCCGCGACGCCUCCCCGGUCCGAGCGUCGCGUGCCACUGCCGCCCCGUCCACACGCGUCCAGCUCGCCCACCCAGCUCGGCUCGGCUCGCCUUCAUAUACGCCCCCCGCGCACGUCCCUCCCGUGCACCCCUCCCCGCUCCCGGCCCAAGCACACGCUCAGCCACCCGUCCUCGUCCCCCUCACCCGCUCCUCUCACCCCGACGCGCAACAAAGCCCCGCCCACGCUCGCCAUGUCCGUCCACGCGCCGAUCGCGACGCGCCCCUCCUCCGCCUCCUCCUCCUCCUCCUUCUCCGGUGGCCACUCGCCCGUCGCCCCUCCCUCGCCCUCGCCCAGGCUGAACACCGCCGCGGCCGCCGCCAUCCAGCGCCCGCCCAGCCGCUCCGAGCGCCUCCUGCGCGACACGCUCCGCCGCGCCGACCAGGCCCAGUCGCACCCCCGCCCGCCGCACGGACGCCGCCGCCCCCGCCGCGCGCCCGACUCGGACGCCUCGUCCGACGACGACGACGACUGGAUGCACCGCGUGCGCUCGCGCGCCUCCUCCGUCGAUCGCACCGGAGCAGGAGCACGAGACCACCACCACCACCACCCCGUCCCGGGCUCGCCCCAGCCCCUCCAGCGCUCGCCGGCGUCGAGCCCGCAAUUGCCCGUCCGCAGCCCGCCCCGCUCGCCGCCGCUCGGCCCGCAACGGUCGCAGACGGAGACGGCGCUGCGCGCCCGGUUGGAGACGACGCUCAGCCGACACCGCUCGCGCCCGUCCGUCGACCGUAGCACCGUCGCGCCGGCCACCGGAGGCGGCAGCGUGCGCCGGCGACAGACGGAGAGCAGCACCGCGAGCCUGAGCCUCAGCCAGAGUCAAAGCGAGUAUCCGUGGAGCAGUUCGCAGACCUCGCCUAUGCUCACCCCGCCGCCCACGCCGCCUCACGGGCUCUCGGGCCUGCCCUCGCCCGCGCGCUCGCACGCGCACCUCCCCGGGCGCGGCCUCCCCCCGCGCACGCUCACCCUCGAAUCGCACGCGUCCUCGUCCUCCUCCGGCUCGGGCUCGGGCUCGGGCUCGUCCCACUCGGCGCCCCCUUCGCGGCCGUUCAACGUGCGCCACGCGUCCCAGAUCUGCAAGCUCAAGGACGGCUACGUCAGCUUUGGCGAGGUCGAGGGGCUCGGGGCGCCCCCGGGCGCGGACGAGGACGAAGAGGAGGACGGGGAGGGGAGGAAGAGGAGGUGGAUCGGGGCGGGUGGGGCGUUGUGGAAGCUGUUGGGGCUCAGGUCGGCGUCGGCUGCCGCGAGUCCGGCGAUGGAGAGGAGCGGGACGGUAUAG